UGGCCGGCGGCGGGCGGGGGCUGGCCAUGGCGCUGCUGCUGUGCCUGGCCCUGACAGCGGCGCUGGCCCGCGGCUGCUUGCACUGCCACGGCAACUUCUCGGAGAAGUUCUCCUUCUACCGCCAUCACGUGAACCUCAAGUCCUGGUGGGUGGGCGACAUCCCCGUGUCGGGCUCGCUGCUCACUGACUGGAGCCAGGACACAAUGAAGGAGCUGCACCUGGCCAUCCCCGCGGAGAUCACCUGGGAGAAGCUGAACCAAGUGGCGAACGUCGUGUACCAGAAGAUGGAUCAACUGUACCAGGGGAAGCUGUAUUUCCCUGGGUAUUUUCCCAACGAGCUGCGAGCUAUCUUCCGGGAGCAGGCGCACCUCAUCCAGAAAGCCAUCAUCGAAAGCCGCAUCGACUGUCAGCGUCACUGCGGGUGCGGCCGCCUCUGGUGUGUUACAGGCAUCUUCCAGUACGAGACCAUCUCCUGCACCAACUGCACGAACUCACACGUCGUCUGCUUUGGCUACAGCUGCGAGUCGUCAGCAGAGUGGGAGGCAGCAGUGCAGGGCCUCCUCCAGCACAUAAAUAACUGGAGCAAACAGAACACCAACACAAGCUUGAUAUCACCAAGCUUCAGGUGUCUGGAGCCCCCGCACCUGGCCAACCUGACUCUGGAAAACGCCUCCGAGUGCCUGAUGCAGCACUGAGGGCGGCCAGGCCAGCCAGACCCGCCCCCGCCACGGUGCGGGGCCUCCGCUGGACCGCCUCGGCCUGGCGCUGUGGAGCAGGCCUGCUGCUGCCUGGGUGCUCCACCCGCCUCAGAGCCCGGGCUGGGCCGGGCUGGGGCUGGGAGGACGGGAAGGGAGGUAGAUGGGUUUGUAUAUAGCGGCAGGAUCACAGCUGUUUGAAGGAAUGAUUAAAUAUCCCUGACAUUUCUCAUCCCGAAGUGGUCCUUGUUGGGGCUCCGGGCUGGGGCCCCAGGCGAGGUGCGACCUUGGCCUACAGGGCAGGGCUGCGGGGCUUCCCAGGCGCGCAUGGCAAUCAGCCUUCAGGGCAACUGGUUCUUUUGAUGACACGAAAGGAGGCUGUUUGGUGAAAGCCAGGGCCAGCAUCGGUGUAUCUUGGGGCUCCUACCACAUCGGCUGCAUUUCAGCCCAGGCACGGGAACUGCUGUGCCCACCACUUGGCUUCUUAGUUUCGAGAAAACACCCAACAUGGCUCAUGAGGGGACAGACCCAAACUGUGACCCAGGGCUCAACAUCCAUCCAGCAGACGGGAGGUGCCUCUGUGCCUGCGGAUGCCGUGGUGAGCCCAGCAGUUGUCUGGCUCCUGGGCUGGCCCUUCCCAGCCUGGUCAGCCGCCGAUCCCUUCCCCCAGCUAAGGGGUCCCCUGCCUGGCGUGGCGCCUUCCUUCCAAGGGUUCACUGACAGAACACUGGCCUCUGCCUGCCCAGGAAUGUUGAGAUCAGGGGAACGGUGAGCGGGAAACUCCAAAGGCAUGCUCCAACGCCCCGGGACCUGUGCGGGGUCCACGAGCUGGAGCAGGGCGGGCCAGGCCAAUGACCACCCGGGGGCCACCUGAGGCCUCUCUCCCCACCCGCUGCCGGAGGGGGCUUCCGUGCGGGGCUCCACACCUGCCCACGUUUUGGAUUCAGGUUGGAGUUGAUUUGGGCUCUGCUGACACAGGCCUCUGUACACAUGGCAUCAGUGAAGCCAUAUGAAACCUUGAGAAUUAAAACAGCAGCAGGGGAUUUCCCCGGUGGCACAGCGG